GACGGAAGCAGGAAGUCAGUGUAUGUGUGUGUGUGUGCUCUCACAUGUCUGUUGUGAAGUGUAACUAUUGAUGUUGCCGCAAGUGAUGGACGCUAAAGGUCCUGGAUUUAUAACCCCCCAAAAGCCGAUAUUAUCAGCCAGUGCCAGAAAAAUAAAGGAUAAUGCAGCUGACUGGCACAAUUUAAUACUCAAAUGGGAAUCAUUUAAUGAUACUGCAUUUACCACAGCAAACAAGAUUGUGAAUCUGAAAAUAAGUUCACAAAUAAAUGAAAAGACGGUUGUAGAAGGCACAUUUGUUGAUAAUGAGAACUUGGAUAAAAAGAAAGAAGAACUGGAGAGACUGUGCUCGGAACUAAUUUGUAUCCUUGAAAAUAUGGAAAAAAUACAGCUGAAGAUGGAAAAGUUGUCAUUAACACUAAAAGGCGUGUGUGAUCUUGAAGAUUAUCAUUAUAAAGAAGAUGAUGCUAAGCCUGUGCAUUUCCAUACAUGGCCUACAAAAGCUUUUUAUGAAACCUCUUUAAAAAUGUCAGAGAUGUUCAAGAAAGAAAUGAUGCUUAAACGGACGAUAGUUGCUGAGAUUGCUCAUACAGCAGAUCAAGACUUACUGCUGGUAUAUUUAUCAAGCUGGUUAUAUCAACCUUAUAUAGAAAACAACAUCAAAGUAUUAUUAGAGAGCAUGCUUCUGGAAACGGGACACAGGCCCAUCUGACAGAUUUGUAAAUGUAUUUAUCGAUAAAGCACAAAGUUGAGGAAGAACUGGUGGAUUAUUGUGUAGACAAAACACAAGGACAUCAAUAAUUUGCUAGAAUUUGAGUUAUAUAAGAUGAAUCAUACUUUUAAUCCCUUAACUGCUGAGCCGUUUCCACUCGGAGUUGUGGCGUGCUGAGCUGUUUUGAAGUUUUUAAGUGCUGCUCACAUUUAACGACUCAUGUAGGCCAUUUUUCAGUGAUAAACCUUAUAUAUUGUUUUGUUUUUUUCAGUAGGCCAAGCGGAUUCAAACUAUACCAUUAUUUUAUGUAUAUAUCAUGGAAGAAUUCUGAAACAAAAUGUAUGAAAAAUGUAUAUUUUUAUUAACAUUUUAAUAAAUAAGGUGGCAAAUAA